CAAUUCCGAUUCUUCUUCUUCUUUUUGUCUGUUGUUGUUGUUGUUUGUUCUGCUUCCGGGUUACAUUAUAUUUCUGAUCUAGCUGUCUCGUGGAAAUCUAUGAACGCGACACAAACGUUCAUAUGUCAAUCCGACUUGAUCAACCCUCUGGCCACCAUGGGCCUUCAGAUGUCCUGCAUCCUGGUCCUCUCCCACAUCUUCCACCUCGUCCUCAAGUCCAUUGGCCACUCCGGCCCCAUCGCACAGAUUCUGGCUGGAUUAGUGUUGGGCCCCAGCGGGCUGUCCCGGAUCUCGAAGAUCAAAGAAUUCUUCUACCAGCCAUCGGCUUACGACUACUACUCGGUCAUUGGGUUCUUCUUCAGCAUUAUAUUUACGUUCCAGCUCGGCCUCGAGACAGACAUCCCCUACACCGUCCGGACCAUCCAAACUGCAGCCACUGUGGCAUACUGCGGCAUCCUAUUUAGCUUCGUGUCGGGAGGAAUUGUCUCCAUCUUCCUCUACAAACACCUGGAAUUCAUUGGCAGCAACUACUUUGUUUAUGGCUUGUUCGUGAUCAUGAUACUGGCGGACACAGCCCCACAGGGAACUGCCCGCAUGGCAGCCGAGCUCAAGAUUGCGACCUCUGAUGCUGGCCGAUUGGCUGUCUCCUGCUCCCUGAUCAACGACCUAUCAUGCAUUCUGUUAUUCUGCCUGAUAGUCAGUCUCAACUCCGGGAAAGGAUUUGGGCAUGGGAUUGUCUGCCUCCUGAUAACCAUUGGGAUGAUAUUCAUCAUCAAGUACUUGGUGAAGUGGUUCAACCGGCGGAACCGGAAUCAGAAGUAUUUAAAAAACACGGAAGUCUUUGUAAUUUUAUCUCUCGUGAUUGCGCCCUCAAUUAUCAUUGAGUUGAUGUCCUUUAACAGCAUGGUGAACUGUUUCCUGAUAGGCCUCAUGUUCCCUAGGGAGGGAAAAUCCGCACGAACUUUAUUGUUCAAGCUCAGUUACUCGCUUCACAACUUCAUACUCCCGAUUUAUUUCGGAUACAUUGGGCUUCAGUUCAAUGCUGAGUAUUUAGGAAAAGUGAAAAACGUGGUGCUCGUCUUGAUCAUAGUAGGGCUGAGUGUUUUGGGGAAGAUUUGUGGGACCCUUGCAGCUUACCAGUAUCUGAAGCUUCCAUUGAAUGAGGGACUCGUUAUGGGUUUUCUCUUGAACUUGAAAGGGCAUGCCGACCUUGUCCUCCUCGGUGGCAUCUCGAAACUCAUCACAUGGACUUUGAGAUCGCGUGAUCUGCUGACAAUAACAAUAGUACUGAACUCAGUUAUAUCAGGUAUAGGCAUUGCUGUCUUCAUGAGAAGAGAGGAAGCGAGACUGGCCCACAGGUACCGUUUCCUUGAGCCACAGGAUACUGACCAGGAGCUUCGGGUCCUCGCCUGCGUGUACGGGUCCCGUCACCUGGCAGCCACGAUUGCGGUCAUCUAUGCCCUCAGAGGAUCCAAGACCGCGCCCAUCGCCCCUUACCUGAUGCACCUAAUCGAGCUCUCUGAGAAGCAGAAGUCCUUGAAGUCGUACCACGAGCUUGAGGAAGAUGAGCUUAACAGCGAGGAAAAUUAUGGUGGGAAUGAUGUGCUCGAGAUCAAUGAUGCUGUGGAUGCCUUUGCCGUCGACAAUAAGAUUUUGAUCCACCAGCUUAAAGCCGUAUCAUACUUUUCCACCAUGUACGAGGAUGUCUGUGAUGGGGCCGAGGAUCUCCGGGUCUCGAUCGUACUGAUCCCUUUCCAUAAGCACCAGCGGAUUGACGGGAAGAUGGAGAGCGGGAAGGAAGGGAUCAGAACAACAAACCAGAGGAUCCUCCGCCAUGCCCCAUGCUCAGUGGGAGUCAUUGUUAGCCGGGGCCCUGCCGGAGUCCCAGGUUUCACACAGAUCCUGAGCGGUUCAGUACAGCACGUGGCAUGCCUCUUUUUCGGCGGGUCUGAUGAUCAGGAGGCCCUAGCCUGCAGUAAGCGAAUGGCUGCCCAUCCAAUGGUGAAUUUGACGAUUAUCAGGUUCGUGUCCAUGUCCUCGUCCCUGUCUGCGGGCUCAUCAAACGUGGAAGAUGAUGUCUACUUUACAGACUUUUACAACAGGUACAUAAGGUCGGGGCAGAUUGGGUACGUGGAGAAGCACGUGAGGAACGGGGCAGAGUCUCUGGGAAUCCUCAGAGAGAUCGGGGAGAUGUAUUCUCUAUUCAUAGUAGGAAAAGGAAAGAGGGGGCACUCCCCGAUGACGACUGGCAUGAGCGACUGGGAAGAAUGUCCCGAGCUCGGGAUUGUUGGAGACAUCCUGGCUUCCUCAGAGUUUAACAUUGGAGGCUCGGUUCUCAUAAUUCAGCAGCAUAGGAACACAAAUGUUUAAUGGUUUUCUUUAAACGAAAGCGAUUUGGUUUUAAGGACAGCAGCAAUAGACUUCUAUAAUAAUUAGAAAUUUUUUAACAUGCUUGAUCAGUGCACGUUGGUCUUAAA